AUGUUCAGACACCAGUACCCAAUUACUAUGCUCCACAACAAUAUCAACAGCAAUAUCCUCCUCAACCUUAUCCAGAACAGCAGUAUCCACCUCAGCAAUAUCCUCCUGGACAAUAUCAACCUCAACCUUAUUCUCCACAAUACAAUCCUCAAGAUCCAUUUGUUGUACCACCAGGAUAUCCAAACUAUAAUCAGCCACCACAAUCUCCUUACAACCCAUAAAGACAAUUGA